CGUCAGUCUGUCAGAGACCGUCUGAGCGCGCGCACACACACUAACACACCGUACCCCUAUAACCGUACGCACACUCUGUGGCAAACACACGCGCCCCGAAGCGCACACGCAGACUCGCUGUGCCGGACCCGGGAGGAGAGAGCUCCUGUUUAUUCGCCUCCAACUUCUGUCUUCGCUUCUACUUGUGUCUCUCUGGCUCUUCUUCUCCACCAAUGCGAGGAUUGUAUGACUGUUGUCACUGUUGUUAUCCCGAACUAAGGAAAAGCAGUUUAAGGACCAUCCGGGAUGUAAAAUAACCCGCACGACUGAGCAAAACUAGAAGAAAAAGAAGGAGGGGAAAUAAUGGAUAAACGGAGUUAUUCUCUCGGUUUGCCUGCAGCUUUCCUCUACUUUGUACUGUUGGGAUUUACUGCUGGACAAUUCUUUCCAGGUGGCUGUACGUUUGAGGAGUCGUACAGCAGCUGUGGGUACAGCGUUUCUCUCGGAACCAACGGAUUUACCUGGGAACAAGUCAACUCCUGGGAAAAACCCACCAUGGACCCUGCCCUGCCUACUGGGUCGUUCAUGGUGGUGAACGCGUCGGGCCGGGCGUCGGGGCAGAAGGCUCACCUUUACAUGCCCACCCUGAAGGAGAAUGACACCCACUGCAUCGACUUCCUGUACUCCCUGUCCAGCCGGGAUGGAGCCAGCCCUGGCACGCUCAACGUCUACAUCAAGGUGAAUGGAGGCGCUCAGGGUAACCCAGUAUGGAACGCCUCUGAUACUGUUACUGAAGGCUGGGUGAAGGCUGAGCUGGCCAUUUCUACAUUCUGGCCGAACUCCUAUCAGGUAAUAUUUGAAGCGGUUUCAGUUCAAGGCCAUCCAGGUUUCAUCGCCAUCGACGACAUACGAGUUCUGGCUCACCCCUGCCGUAAAGCGCCUCACUUCCUGCGUCUGCAGAAUGUGGAGGUGAACGUGGGUCAGAAUGCUACGUUCCAGUGCACUGCCGGAGGGAAAUGGUCUCAGCACGAUAAACUCUGGCUACAGCAGUGGAACGGUAAGGACACGGCACUGAUGGUGACCAGGGUGGUGAACCACCGGCGUUUCUCUGCAACCGUCAGCGUGGGCGACACGUCGCAACGCAGCACCAGUCGCUACCGCUGUGUCAUCCGAUCCGACGGCGGCUCAGGGGUGUCCAACUACGCCGACCUCAUCGUUAAAGCUCCACCCACCCCAAUCGCUCCGCCUGAGCUUCUCACCGUCGGCGCCACUUACCUUUGGAUCAAACCCAACGCCAACAGCAUCAUCGGCGACGGGCCCAUCAUCCUGAAGGAGGUGGAGUACCGGACCACUCUGGGUAACUGGGUGGAGACCCACGUGGUGGACUCCCCAACCUAUAAACUCUGGCACCUGGACCCAGAUGUGGAAUAUGAGAUCAAAGUCCUGCUGUCCAGACCUGGGGAGGGAGGAACAGGGCCGCCAGGGCCGCCGCUCGUCACCAGGACCAAAUGUGCAGAUCCAGUCCAAGGGCCCCAAAAUGUCAAUGUGGUGGAUGUCAGAGCCCGUCAGCUGACUAUACAGUGGGAGACGUUUGGGUAUGCUGUGACACGCUGCCACAGCUACAAUCUGACGGUGCAGUACCAGUAUGUGUUUAACCAGCAGGAGUUUGCAGCAGAGGAGUUGAUCCAGACCUCGUCACAUUACACCCUGAGGGGGCUGAGGCCCUUUGUCACGGUCAGACUGCGGCUGGUCCUGGCCAACCCCGAGGGCAGCAAAGAGAGCGAGGAGAUAGUCAAACAGACAGAGGAGGAUGUGCCUGGCUCAGUGCCGACGGAGUCUCUGCAGAAUACGCCCUAUGAAGAGAAGAUCUUCAUGCAAUGGAAAGCUCCAAACGAGACCAACGGGGCCAUCACACUGUACGAGAUCACCUACAAGGCCCUGAGCUCGUUGGACCCGAGUGCUGAUCUGACAACCCAGAGGGGACGGGUGUUCAAGCUGAGGAACGAGACCCAUCACCUGUUCGUAGGUCUGUACCCAGGGACCACCUACUUCUUCACCCUCAAAGCCUCCACCAACAAGGGCUUCGGCCCGCCCGUCACCACCCGCAUCACCACCAAGAUAGCAGCCCCCAUGAUGCCAGAGUACGAGUCUGAGGCGCCGCUGAACGAGACCGAGACCACCAUCACUAUCCUGCUAAAGCCCGCCCAGUCACGUGGCGCGCCUAUCAGCUCUUACCAGCUCGUGGUGAAGGAGGAGCGCAAGUCCAAGACCCGCCGCGCCGCCUCUGAAGCCCCUGAGUGUUUCUCCGCCCCCGUCAGCUUCCGCAACGCCUCCGUCUUGGACUCCCCCUACUACAUCGCCGCCGAACUGCCGCCUUCCAGCCUCACGAUUGUACAGCCGUUCACGGUGGGAGACAACAAGAGCUACGGAGGUUUCUGGAAUCGUCCUCUGUCGCCGGCCAAGAGCUACAGCAUCUACUACCAGGCCAUGAGCAGAGCCAACGGGGAAACCAAAAUCAACUGUGUCCGCCUGGCUAACAAAGUGGUAAUAGGUAGGGGACAAAUAACAACGCCGUACAUUCUAGUCAUCCCAAGCGAAGGCGCGUCUACCCAGGACUCAGAUGCGAUGGAGCCUGAGAAGCAGGUGGACAGCACAGUGAAAAUGGCCGGAGUGAUCGCGGGGAUCCUGAUGUUCGUCAUCAUCCUCCUCGGCGUCGUCCUCACCUUCAAACGCAGAGAGAUACACACAUGGAGAACUCUGAGCGUGGGGAAGUUGGCAAAGAAGCAGAAGGAGACCGCCAGCAGCUCCACCCAGCAGAGGGAGAUGGGUCCGGUUACCACGGCUGAUAAGAGCACCACUAAAGUCAGCACCCUGCACAAAGACGACCCCUUUUCCACAUCCACCCAGGACCUCAACGGAUUCACCUCCCCCUCUCCCUGCUCCUUCUCCGUGCAGGGAAGCAAGACGCUGCAGAGCAAAUCCCUGCUGAAUUCCUACUACUCAGUGUCUAAAGAGCCAGUUCCAGCCACAACUUCUAUAGACAGUAGCCAGCCGUCACUCGCCCAGCCCUCUCUGACCCUGCAGAGUUUUCCCUAUGGAGGCUGUGAGUCCGUGGAGCUCUCCUACCAGAGUGGUCAGUUCCAGGCAGGCCAGUUUCAGCCAGCUAUUCGAGUAGCAGACCUCCUCCAACACAUCACCCAGAUGAAAUGUGGACAGGGCUAUGGUUUCAAAGAGGAAUAUGAGGCCCUGGCAGAGGGACAGACGGCGCCCUGGGAAACGGCCAAGAAGGACGAGAACCGCAACAAGAAUCGCUACGGCAACAUCAUCGCUUACCCCACAGACGAUCACACCAGAGUCCGACUGCAGCUGCUGGACGGAGACCCCCACUCUGACUAUAUCAACGCCAAUUACAUUGACGGCUACCAUAGACCCAGACAUUACAUCGCCACACAAGGACCCAUGCAGGAGACAGUGAGGGAUUUCUGGAGGAUGGUCUGGCAGGAAAACUCGGCCUCUAUCGUCAUGGUUACCAACCUGGUGGAGGUGGGCAGGGUGAAGUGUGUGCGUUACUGGCCGGAUGAGACCGAGGUUUACGGAGACAUCAAGGUGACGCUGAUAGAAACUGAACCCCUGGCUGAAUACGUCAUACGGACAUUCACCGUCCAAAAGAAGGGUCAUCAUGAGAUCCGUGAACUGCGUCAGUUCCAUUUCACCAGCUGGCCCGACCAUGGCGUUCCCUGUUACGCCACCGGACUGCUUGGCUUCAUACGACAGGUCAAGUUCCUCAACCCACCUGACGCCGGGCCUAUCGUGGCACAUUGCAGUGCCGGUGCAGGGAGGACGGGCUGUUUCAUUGCUGUGGACAUCAUGUUGGACAUGGCAGAGAACGAAGGCGUGGUGGACAUUUUCAACUGCAUCCGGGAACUGAGAUCACAACGAGUCAACAUGGUCCAGACAGAGGAGCAGUACGUGUUUGUUCACGAUGCCAUCUUGGAGGCGUGUCUAUGUGGGAAUACAGCCAUACCAGUGUGUGAGUUCAGAGCCAUUUACUACAACAUCAGCAGACUGGACCCACAGACCAACUCCAGCCAGAUUAAAGACGAGUUCCAGACUCUGAACAUAGUGACCCCUAGAGUCCGUCCCGAGGACUGCAGUGUCGGGUUGCUACCCAGGAACCACGACAAGAACCGCAGUAUGGACGUCCUAUCGGCGGACCGAUGUCUGCCUUUCCUCAUAUCUGUGGACGGAGAGAGCUCCAAUUACAUCAAUGCCGCGCUAAUGGACAGCCACAAACAGCCAGCGGCCUUCAUUGUUACCCAGCAUCCUUUGCCAAACACCAUGGGCGACUUCUGGAGGCUGGUGUUCGACUACAACUGCUCCUCCAUAGUAAUGCUCAAUGAGAUGGACGCAGCGCAGUUAUGUAUGCAGUACUGGCCAGAAAAGAGCUCGUGUUGCUACGGUCCCAUUCAAGUCGAAUUCAUAUCGGCAGACAUCGAUGAAGACAUCAUCAACCGAAUCUUCAGGAUCUGCAACAUGGCCAGGCCACAGGACGGUUACCGCCUGGUGCAGCACUUCCAGUUCAUCGGCUGGCCGGCCUACAGGGACACGCCUCUCUCUAAACGCUCUAUCCUCCAGUUGGUCAGGAGGUUGGCCAAGUGGCAGGAGCAGUAUGACGGAGGAGACGGGAGGACUGUGGUACAUUGCCUUACCGGCGGAGGGCGUUCUGGAACCUUCUGCGCCAUCUGCAGCAUCAACGAGAUGAUCCAGCAGCAGAACAUCGUGGAUGUUUUCCACACCGUCAAAACGCUGAGGAACAACAAGACUAACAUGGUGGAGACUAUGGAACAGUAUAAGUUCUGCUAUGAAGUGGCUCUGGAGGCGCUCAGCUCCUUCUGAUUGGCUGUGGGCUGAAAAUUCGCUUUUUCUGAUUCCCCGUUUGACGCUGCCUGGCAUUCUCAACGCGACACUGGGACACACAAAGUGCAAAACUGCUUUGUGUUGACCCAAACCCAACCUGUGAGCAUGUGUGCCUGUGUGUAUGUGUGCGUGAGUGUGUGUUCGAGAGCGUGUGCAUGUGCUUCUAUGUGAAUAAGAGAAGGCAUGCUUGCAUAUUUGAGUGCGCGCGUGUGUAUCAAUGUGUGUUCCUGGGACAAACACACACACACACACACACACACACAACCUGUACAGAAGAGUAAAAAAGGGACAAACAUACAUGGUGAUUUUCAUGUGUGUGUUCGCUUCAGCGAGACUGUGAACUUUACAUGCUUGUA